ACAAGCGCAAUGAUAUUCAGUCAGAGUGACCCAAAGAAGGCAAACCGUUGCGUCCGUCGUGUCCGACCCAGAUGAGAGAAGUGGUGAACUCCUUCACGCACUCACCAUGUGGAGGUCCGCGGGGGACCGGCACCGGCACCGCCGCGUCGCCGUCCUCUGCCUGCUCGUCGCCGGCAUGCUCGUCGUCACUCACGCGGAGGAGGAGGCGUUGGAAGCUCCGGGAAGUCGUGCGGUUUUCACUGACUACUUCAGGCAACUCAGCCGGGAAAGUAGAGCCCUAAACCGGCCGGCACGGAGCAGCGCUCCGCCUGAGCCUGUGGAGCUUCUGACCGCGGACGACGUGUUCAUCGCGGUGAAGACCACCAGCAAAUACCACCAGAACAGAUUGGAGCUCCUUUUGGACACAUGGAUCUCCAACAAUAUGCAACAUACGUACGUGUUCACCGACGUCGAGGAUGCGGCGCUGAGGAAACGGAUUGGUGUUCACCUGAUCAACACCAAUUGCUCGGCAGCUCACAGCCGACAAGCGCUCUCCUGCAAAAUGGCUGCCGAGUACGACGCCUUCUUAAACUCCGACAGGAAGUGGUUCUGUCACGUAGACGACGACAACUACCUGAACAUGGACGCUCUCUUGGGACUGUUGUCUCAGUACAGCCACGCGCAGGACAUCUACAUUGGACGGCCCAGUCUGGAACGCCCCUUAGAGGCCACCGAGACGCUCCCCAACGCUAAAAUGAGGAAGGUAGUUUUCUGGUUCGCCACAGGGGGCGCCGGCUUCUGUCUUAGCCGCGGCCUCGCCAUCAAGAUGAAACCGUGGGCCAGUGAGGGGGCGUUCUUGUCGACGGCCGAGCGUAUCCGUCUGCCGGACGACUGCACUGUGGGCUACAUCGCAGGGGCGCUGUUGGGAGUAGGCCUCACCCGCUCACCACUUUUCCACUCACACCUGGAGAGCCUGGCACUGUUGACGCGGGUGCAGGAACAGGUGACUCUCAGCUACAGCAUAGACGAGAGAAACACCAUCAAUCUCAAAGGAUCUUUUCCAAUACAACAAGAUCCAACCAGGUUCAAGUGUGUGCAUUGUGUGUUGUAUCCACACACACCAUGGUGCCAGCGCUGAAUGCAUCCAGCCAAUAAAAAAGAAAAAUUCUCCUGUUUUUGCCAAUUAAGCAUCUGGGAAAAGACAAGAAAGACAUUUGUCCAGGCCUGAACUAACUAACUCUCUAUGAGAAGUUCAAUCGUUGGGCGUGGUAAAAGAUUUUUAUGAAGAAAUCUGGCAAUGUUUGAAAUAACAAGCCAUACCAUCAAUUUAGCACUCUUAAUACUAAAAUGUGUUAACCUGAAAAAGACAUUUUGGGUUUGGGAGGGCGAGGGUUCAUCCAAAGCACCAAGAAAAGUCAUUUUUUCUUGUUGUCUGGACUUAUUUGAUUUUAUUUUUUCAAAAGAAGUGAUUUUUCAGGUUAAAGUUCAAACACUUUUCUUUUAAUACAAACCACUAAGAAAAGUCAUUUCUUUUUUGGAUUAGUCCAAAAAGUUGGGUUUUAUUAACAUUUUAUCUGCACUACCAAAAAAUGUUUUGUUUUUUUUUAAAGAAAGAAAUACACAUUUAGUAUUUUUUUAAUCCAAAGCACCAACAAAAAAAAAUUUUUAUAGCUUUGGAUAGAAGAUAAACAUUUUUGCAUUUUUCUUUUUAUUCAAGAAAAUCAUUUUUUGUUUUUUAAGAAAAAAUCCAAACCCUGCCCCCAAAACGUUUUUGUUUUUUGUUGUUUUUAUUUAAACCACCAAGAAAAAUAUUUUUUUUUCUUUCGUUAAAAUGUUGCAAUUUGUUGUUCUUUUUCUAUUUAUCUGAACCACCAAGAAAAGUAUUUUUUGUACUUUUGCGAAUAGAAAGUAAGCAUUUAGUUGUUUUCUUUUCCUUAACAAUACCAAAAAGGUCAUUUUUGUAUUUUUUCUGAUGAAAAAAUAUAAUUGUAGAAUUUUCGUCUUAUGUUCUUUUCAUCCAAAGUACCAUAAAAGUCAUUUCUAUUUUUCAGAAAAUGUUAAAAGAAAUGGGUUUUGUUCAUUUUAUCCAAACCGCCCAGAAAAAUAAUUUUGUUUUGUUUUUAUAAGAGCAAAACAAAUCUAGCAAGCAUCUGACAUAGCCUCAGAAACGAGCUUGGAGUUCCAUUCCAGCUGUUCUGAGACAAAAAAAGCUUUCUUUCAUUGCGUCCAUUCAGAUCAUUUAGAACAGCUGUCUUCUUUUUUUUCCGCUUCAGCUGUCGUCGUCCGUCACGUUGUUCUGAUGCUGCAUUGUCUUUUGAUGUCUGGCACGCCGCCCUGGACACGACUGCUCGCACAUGUCGCCUAUGCUCAUCCUUUAAACACAAGCUUCUAUUCAGCACAUGAUGAAGGCUUCACGUUACGACGUUGAAACUAAUCAAAUGAUUUGUUAACUCAAGCAGUGUCAUCCGAUAAUAAGCUUUUAAGGAAAAUAGGGUAAGCAUAUUUCGGAAUGUUACAGUGUUUUAGUAUAAUGCUAGACUGCUCGCUCAAAGUUUUUGCCUCAUCGCUCCCAUCUGCCAAACUUUACGUAUUGAUAUUCCGAUUAUGUUCCUUAUGUUGCUAGCUAGCUGGUUAACUCGAGGCAAAAAACAAAAAAACCUUGGUAUGUCAUAUUUAAAAUGCUAUCACUUUAGAAGACAUGCAGGAAUUUUUAGGUGGUUUUGAUUUUUUAUUUUUUUUCAUGGCUUUGUAUUGAAGCAUAAGCUAAGCUAAACAGCUACUCCUGACGAUCGCUAGCAAACUGGUUAGCUAACAGCAAAAGAAAACUAAUCUCAGAAUGUCACAUUUGAAUCGACAUCACUUUAGAAGAUUUCGGUGGAUUUGGGUAUAGUUUUUUACUGUUUAAAGUAGCCCUUUAAUGCUGUGAACCUUGGUACUUAUUCCAUAGUUCUAGACUUAAAAACAUUGGCUGCAGAAAGAAUUGCCCCCCAAAAAGUUGGUUUUUUCCCCCCCCCGACAAUAACCAGUGAAAAUAGUGAGGUUAGAUAAAUUUGUGUCGGCCUGUUUUGUUGAAAUUGAUCAUUUUAUUGCCACUUGUAUAGAGCAGCCGCCUGAGGUAAGUGAUUUUAAUUAGAAUCCGCCUAUAUUCAGAAGUUGUUUUGGUGUAGCUGUUUCUUAGGUUAAUUGCAUUGCUCAACUUUGAAAAACAUUUUUGGAAGAAGACAACACAGACGUUUGCUUUUAUGAAGUUUUUUGUAUGAUCGGUGGCGUCCUGUUACCACAGACUUUGAUAGGCACUGCUGGCUGGCUGGCGGACACCUGCCAGUACGGCGCCGUGUUCGUACUAUUUUAUCAGGCUUGGAUGCUUGAAAAAAGGUUUUUGGCGAUGACGUUACACAGGCAUUCCAUUUUGUGACAUGUUAAAGGCUUUUUGUACGGUCAUGGGGCUCGGCUGACCAUGACCUUGAUGUGCACAGUUUGGGGACUUUUAUGUUUGUAUGAUUUUAAUCAAUGACCGCAUAAUAAAGUUGAGAUUUUUUUUUGCAUAUUAAAUUAGCGAUUAAACAUAUAUUUUGGGGCGCUAGCCAUUUUUAAUGUGAUAAUGCAACUGUACAUGUAUAUGAUACCGAUAUAAGGUGUAAUGCCAAGUUUAACAAAGCAGUGUUUGGAAACUCAAGCAAGCUGUGUUUGUUUGUUUGUUUGUUUGUUUGUUUUCCCUGAAAAGUUGUCAUUUUGGAGGAGGGGGGAUUCCGCCCGACGGCGACAAUAUAUAAAAUAUGACUAAGUACUGCCACUUUAUAAUACAUUCCUUUUUCCACACCUGCUAUGCAGUGAAUUUGGUCUCCACUUCUGCCACUGACAUCAGACCAAAAAUGGAGGCAUGUCAAUUUUGGCGACCAAAAAGGGGCAUUCCAAAUGGAAUUAUUUGCCAAUUGCUUCAAAAUGGAUUGAUAUUAUUGGAAAUGACUGCCAGUUUCAUUUUCUUGAGCAAAAUAUUAUGGACCAUUAAGACCCCAUACAUCCUUUAAUUCAUACCAGUGUUAAAGUUCAAGCUAAAGCUAAAAAGCUUCUCCUGAUCGUGGCUAACUAGCUGGUUAGCUCACGAAGAAAAGAAAGAAAGCCUAAACAUUUGAAUCAACAUUACUUUAGAACACAUAUAGGAGCUAGUUUUUCAUUUUUACUGUUUUUCCCCCCUUUCUUUUGUGUUAAAGCUAAGCUGAGCCGCUACUGCUGAUAGCUAGCUGGGUACCUCCCAGCGAAAGAAAGCUCAACUCGUAUACGAAGACAAACGUGUCAUACUUUGAAUCUACAUCCCUUUAGAAAGGACAAAGAUGAGCUUUUUGUUAUGUUUUGAGUUUUUUUCUAUCCCUUUGUGUUAAAACUAAACUAAGUGGCUACUGCUGGUAGCUCGCUGGUGAGCUCACAGCAAAAGAAAGUUAACCUCGCAUAUGCCACAAACCUGUGUCAUAUUUGAAUCAACAUGACUGCAGAGGACAUUCAGAGGCUUUUAGGUUGAUUUUGUUUUGUUUUGCAUUUGCUUUGUAGCUAAGCUAAAAUAAACGGCUACUGCUGAUAGCUAGCUUGUUAGCUUGUACAACAACAAACUUUUGUGUCAUAUGUUGAAUCGACAUUUAGAGGACAUAUGUUUUUUUUCCGUGUUCAGGCUAAGUUAAACAGAGAAUGUAAUAUUCCAGACUCAUCAAAUGAUCAUGUUUUAUUUGUGUCUUUUGUAUUGAACACAAAAUGAUGCUUUUAAAGAAUUCUUUUGAAGCUUCCGAAUGACUCACAUUGGGUCGCCCUGUAUGAAUAAAGUUUUGUUGAAUUGUG